UUCUUUACACACGCGUUCUGGAAAUAUAUCUUGGACUACGACCAUCUGAUUUUUCAGGCCGAACACAAAAUAAGACGACACCUUUGAAGGAGUUACGUCUCAGACGCGUUCCAGUGGUCGAAAAGUUUUAUCUUUUCUCGGAAUAAUUUCCCGGUCAAAGUUUUUAACUUUCUGCAUUGGAUCUAAGCGUGAGAUGGCUGUUCAUCUGAGUUCAUGUACUGCUCGCCUCAUGUCAUCCGGCAACUUAAAUGCUGAAAGAGUGUCAGAAUCAGAAUCCUCAGACCCUUUUGGAGAAUGCCCCAGACAACAAGCCGUCGACCUGUCAGAAUCGAUGGAUGGAACCAUCAAAGCAAGAGAACGUGAUGCUGAUGAUGCUGCUGAGGAAGAGGAGCCACUUAUCCACUCUGUUGAGUGUCGUAUAUGCCAAGAGGAGGACUCUGUCAAGAAUCUAGAAGUCCCCUGUGCCUGCAAUGGCAGUUUGAAGUUCGCCCAUCGGAAGUGUGUUCAGCGUUGGUGUAAUGCGAAGGGCGAUACCACCUGUGAAAUAUGCCAUCAGCCUUACCGACCUGGUUAUACAGCUCCCCCUCCUCCCUCUGAUGAUACCGUAAUCGACAUUGGUGACGAUUGGCACAAUGGUGCAACCUUUGAAUUGAACGAACAGCGUCUUUUGGCAAUGAUGGCUGCAGAACGACAUUUCCUCGACACAGACUAUGAUGAAUAUUCCGACUCUAAUUCCAGUGGAUCCGCUUUUUGUCGGUCUGCUGCUCUCAUUCUAAUGGCACUUUUACUGUUACGACAUGCUCUGAACCUCACAACCAACUCGGACGAAGAAGAUGAUGAUCCAACUACCUUCUUCUCUCUUUUCCUGCUUCGGGCUAUGGCUUUUCUCCUCCCCUGUUACAUCAUGGCUUGGGCCAUCAAUGUCCUGAAACGAUGGAGGCAUAGACAGGAAGCAGCGGCAAUGGUGGCGGCGGAAGUGGCAUUCGUGUUGCACGGAGGGCAAGGUGGCCGGGAACUGCAUUUCACGGUGGCAGCCGAAACCGUAUCCAACCACCCCCGGCUAGAGCCAUCCUCACAGGGAUCCGACCAGACUUGUCUAUAGAGUGGGUGUCCUCUUGCACAGAAUGCUGUCUGAAAGCUCGAGAAUUUAUCUCCUCUGUGUCUGUGUCUAUGUUGGAUGCUUCAAACGAGAUGGAUGGUAUGUCAGAUCGUUCGCUUCUCCUUCUUCUUCUUUUUUCCCGGAGCCAUGGAAUCUGAUCGUAGCAGGACCGAGGAAAACUAUGUAAAUAAAAACAGCCGUUGGAGGGGAAGAAGAAGAAGAAGUUGAUGAUGAUGAUAAACAUUGUUUCUGUCUCUGCUCUCAUUUCCUGAUGCCAAGUCUAUUCUCACUUGUCUUUAA